UAGCGCCGCCGAGGAGCCAAUGGCAGGCGAGGAGGAUAACGCUGAGGACAUGGCGGCUGCGGUCGGAGAGUUCGCGGACGUGUCGGUCUGCUCCGUAACCCGGCUCGGCGCCCAGGCAGCAGAGCAGCUGGCUUAUUAGUAUUCGUACCCACGAGGCGGCGCAGCGGGCCCUUGGGGAGCGCCAGCAUCGCGGCCAUGGCUUAUCACUCGGGCUACGGAGCCCAUGGCUCCAAGCACAGGGCCCGGGCAGCUCCAGACCCCCCUCCCCUCUUCGAUGACACAAGCGGUGCUUACUCCAGCCAGCCAGGGGAAUAUCCAGCCCCAGGAGCCGACGUGGCCUUCAAUGUCAACCACUUGCUUGGGGACCCAAUGGCCAACGUGGCUAUGGCCUAUGGCAGCUCCAUCGCAUCCCAUGGGAAGGACAUGGUGCACAAGGAGCUGCACCGUUUUGUGUCUGUGAACAAACUCAAGUAUUUUUUUGCUGUGGACACAGCCUAUGUGGCCAAGAAGCUGGGGCUACUGGUCUUCCCCUACACACACCAGAACUGGGAGGUGCAGUACAGUCAUGAUGUGCCUCUGCCCCCGCGGCAAGAUCUCAACGCCCCUGACCUCUAUAUCCCCACCAUGGCCUUCAUCACCUACGUGCUGUUGGCUGGGAUGGCGCUGGGCAUUCAGAAAAGGUUCUCCCCGGAGGUGCUGGGUCUGUGUGCGAGCACGGCGCUGGUGUGGGUUGUGAUGGAGGUGCUUGCCCUGCUCCUGGGCGUCUACCUGGCCACCGUACGCAGUGACCUGAGCACCUUCCACCUGCUAGCCUACAGUGGCUACAAAUAUGUGGGGAUGAUUCUCAGCGUGCUCACCGGGCUGCUCUUCGGCAGUGACGGCUACUACGUGGCCCUGGCCUGGACCUCGUCCGCGCUCAUGUACUUCAUCGUGCGCUCUUUGCGAACAGCAGCCCUGGGCCCUGACAACAUGGGGGGCCCAGCUCCCCGGCAGCGCCUCCAGCUCUACCUGACCCUGGGAGCUGCAGCCUUCCAGCCCCUCAUCAUAUACUGGCUGACUUUCCACCUGGUCCGGUGACCCCUGACCCCCACUGGCACUGAUUUUUUCCAUACAUUGAAGAUUUGAUUUCCUUGA